AUGCGACAGCUGGACCAUAGCAAAGAAGAGUCCUACAGCGUCACUGAGGAACUCAAGCCCGCCUGUGAAUGGUGCCACGAUCCGUCAAGGUUGCAUGGUUGUGGUGCCUCAGAUGAAGGCUGUGCUGCUCUGACUUCAGCUCUGAGAUCAAACCCCUCACACCUGAGAGACCUGGAUCUGUCCUGGAAUAAUGUAGGAGACUCAGGAGUGAAGCGUCUCUCUGCUCUUAAGGAUGAUGAACAUUACAAACUACAGACACUGAAGUUUACUAAGCCGUGGAUGUUUGGUUCCAGACCAGAAUCCCCAUCACCCAGCGGUGUCUCCAUGAAGAGUGUGAGGUCUAUGGAGCCUCCUAUUUAUUUUAGUGGUGGAGUUUCAUCACCUCUACACAGGAACGACCCAGCUAUUAAAGAAUUCCAGAAAAAGUUCAAAUUAAAUCUAAUGAAGAAGUUUCAGUGUGUAAAUGGAGUGAUAAUGAACCUGGGAACCCAAACACUCCUGAAUGAGAUCUACACAGAGCUCUACAUCACAGAGGGAGACAGUGGAGACGUCAGUAAAGAACAUGAGGUGAGACAGAUCGAGGCAGCAUCCAGGAGAACAACAACAGAGGAAACACCAAUCAAAUGCAAUGACAUCUUUAAGCCCUUUUCUGAACAAGACAAACCCAUCAGAACUGUGCUGACAAAGGGAGUCGCUGGCAUCGGAAAAACUGUCUCUGUGCAGAAGUUCAUUCUGGACUGGGCUGAAGGGAAAACAAAUCAGGACGUCCACCUCAUAUUUUCACUUCCUUUCAGAGAACUGAAUUUGAUGAAGGACCAGAAACUGAGUCUGAUGGAGCUCCUUCAUGUCUGUUUUAAGGAAACAAAAGAAACAGAAAUGUCCAAUUUGGAAAAGGUUCUGUUCAUUUUUGACGGAUUGGACGAGUGUCGUUUUUCUCUAGAUUUCCAGAACACAGUGAGUGUGUGUGAUGUAACUGAAUCAGUAUCAGUGCCUGUGCUGCUGAUAAACCUGAUCAAAGGGAAUCUGCUUCCCUCUGCUCUCAUCUGGAUCACCUCCCGACCUGCAGCAGCUGAUCAAAUCCCCUCUGAGUGUGUCCAUCGAGUCACAGAGAUACGAGGGUUCAAUGACCCACAGAAGGAGGAGUACUUCAGGAAGAGGAUCAGUGAUCAGAGCCUGGCCAAUAACAUCAUCACACACCUGAAGUCAUUAAGAAGCCUCUACAUCAUGUGUCACAUCCCAGUCUUUUGCUGGAUUUCAGCCGCUGUUCUAGAGAGAAUGUUGGGUGAAGCAGAGAGCGGAGAGAUCCCCAAGACUCUGACUCAAAUGUACACACACUUCCUCAUCAUUCAGAUAAACAUCAUAAGAGAAAAGUACUCAAAGGUGCAGGAGAGUGAUGAAGAAAUGCUUCUUAAACUGGGACAACUGGCUUUUGAGCAGCUGAAGAAAGGGAACCUGAUCUUCUAUGAGGAAGACCUGAGAGAGUGUGGCAUUGAUGUGAGAGAAGCAGCUGUGUACUCAGGUGUGUGUACGCAGAUGUUUAAAGAGGAGGUUGGGCUUUACCAGAGUAAAGUGUACUGCUUUGUUCAUCUGAGUAUUCAGGAACACCUCGCAGCUCUGUAUGUGCACCUAAUGUUCAUGAUGAAAAAGACAAAUGUUCUUUAUGAAAGUGAGGAGGAUAUGGAAAAUGACCUCUCUCAAUGGCAGGACGAUGAAAGUGAGAAUAUGGAAAUCUCAGAUGUACAUACAGAUGCUAUACAUCAGGCUUUAGAAAGUCAGACUGGACAUCUGGAUCUUUUCCUUCGCUUUCUUCUGGGUUUCUCACAGGAGUCCAAUCAUAAACUCUUACAGGCCUUAGUAACACAGACAGGAAGAAGCUCCCAGAGCACAGAGGAAACAGUUCAGUACAUUAAGAUGAUAAUCUGUCAAGAAGAUGAACAUACUGCAGAGAAAUCUGUAAAUCUGAUUCACUGCCUGAUUGAACUGGGUGAUGAUUCUUUAGUUGAGGAAAUCCAACACUACCUGAAAUCUGGAAAACGAAGUGAACUCUCUUCUUCACAGUGGUCUGCUCUGGUGUUUGUGUUACUGACAUCAGCAGAGGAGCUGGAAGAUUUUGACCUGAAUAAAUAUACCAGUGAAGAUAAGAUAACAGAAGCUGUUCUUCUGAAGGUGAUGCCUGUGAUUGCAGCAUCCAGAAAAUCAAUGUUGUAUAAUUGUGGUGUCUCAGAUGAAGGCUGUGCUGCUCUGACUUCAGCUCUGAGAUCAAACCCCUCACACCUGAGAGAACUGGAUCUGUCCUAUAAUAAUGUACGAGACUCAGACGUGAAGUGUCUCUCUGCUCUACUGGAGAAUCCUCUCUGUAAACUCGAGAGACUGAAGUAA